CUUUCAGUCUCUCUCUUAUCGUCUAUCUUCAGCCUCGUGGCCUACCUUGAUACCUAUCGAUAUCUAUCAAUUCUUACAUUCCUCCAUCCAUCUAUCCCAAAUUAUAGGCAAUACUUAACUUCCGAUCCGAUGAAACACCCCCAAACAAAACCCCAAAUAAUGUACGACCAUCACAUCCCAUCACACAACAACCACAACCACAACAAACAAUACUUAACAACUAAUAGUAAUAACCCGUACGGUAAGUACCAAUACCAAGCAAGGCAAGCAAGCACACGACACAUAUACGACUUGCCCAUCUUUUUUGCCUCCUCUUCCACUCUGCCGACCCAUUCAUCCACUCACCCACUUCACCCACCAGCCGACCCGACAAAAUGAAACAAGUGGAAUCCGCCCGACGGGAGAAACACGCUCCACUGUAAGCAAGUAGGCAAGCAAGCAAGCAUAGCCGUUCGUUC